AUGUCCCGUCCAGUGUCUCAUGUCAUUACAGCGGAAUCAUUUACCAUACGUACUGCGGGUAUCAAUAGUACACGAAAACGGACCCGAGGAUCGUUGGCAGCACGAAGGCCCGUUCGUCGUAAACGCAAUCUAGCCGCUCAGGUGGUGUGUCCACCGCCACGACCUACCAUCGAUGAAAGCGAUCAGGAAGUCGUGGUUUCCAAUCCGCAGUUGGCCAUGAUCCUGAACGGUGCCGUCAUAUUCUUUGAUAGAACAUUGAUUGAGCGCCAACGGUUAUCGCGUCAAGCUUUGGCUUUGGGAGCACAAGUGGUGGAAGAAAUCGACCACGCCACUCUCACCCACAUUGUGCAUGCUCCCAGUAUGGUGAAUGGCGUUAAACAAAGACAUCCCCGGUUCGUGCUUCAAGCGUUGGAACGAAAUAUUCGUGUCGUGUCCCCUUUAUGGAUCCGGCACUGCUUUGACGAAAAGCAGAAACUCCCAGAAGCGUUUUUCCCUUACGAUAUUGAUGCGCAGAAUCAACACCGCCAACUGAUUGAUCUUCAAAACCGGCCAAUGCACACCACAAUAGAAGAUGAUAAUCCUUUCCACAUCGACGAAGAGGAAUUGAUUUCCUCGGAUUCGGAUGCCAACGAUGAUGAGAAGGUUUCGGUUCACGAAAAUGACAGUGUUCGAGGUGAGAGCCCGUUACCGGUCAUGGCGUCAGAUCAUGCCCAUGGUACGACGCCUGUACCUGUACCUCCGUUGGAACGCAGUGAGUCACCGUUGGCCACGUUGUCUACAGCGACAUCCUCGGUCACCCACGAAGAAGACCCAGAAAAAUCGACAAGGCGAAAGAAACGGGCAGAGGAUAUCCGAAAAAUAUUAGAAAGAGUGCGUGUGUCACGGCAAUCACGCGAAGAAGAGCGCGGUGACGAUGCGUUGCAGUCCUCGCUCAUCAAACCAUAUCAAAAGGUGCAAUUGCCCGAUGCGCAAGGCAAACUCAAGAUAUGGUACGGUGAACAAACCAUCUUUUACAAUGAUACCCCCACCAGUAUGGGAUCGUCGAAAACACUUAAACGAUCACGUGGAACGACCGGCGAAUCCUCGAAGAAACGAUCCAUGUAA